AUGUCCACUCAACGCAGUGGUCACCUAGAAAGGACAGCUCAGGAGCCACGAGACGAGAGUCUUCUGGAUGUACAACUUGAGCGAAUAGAUCAGGUAAAUGAGCGAAUUCGGCUGUUCCGUCUUAGGCUUGAGUCGGGGCCAAUCAAGUUCUUGGCUGGUCAAUGGCUUGAUACAUAUAUCCCAGGGAACCCCAAACCAGGUGGCUUCACACUCACAUCUACGCCCCGCGCAGCUGCCGAUCCCAAGUCUCCCUACCUGGAGUUGGCAGUACAAGAAUCUCCAGAGAACCCUCCUGCGGCAUGGCUCUGGCAGUCGCCGCCUGACAUCACUGGUUCCAAGUUACAGGUGCGCGUUGGGGGGAGCUUUGUCUUUCCACCAGCCGAGAUACCCCUCGACGACAUAAGCCGUGUGGUGUUUGUUGCGGGCGGCGUGGGUAUCAACCCACUCGUCAGUAUGACGGGGCAUAUAGCUGAAGAGGGAUACAACCUUGAUGUCAAGGUUCUUUAUGCUAGCAAGUUACCUGCGCAGGGACUGAAGGGUGUUCUUUUUCUGGAGAGAAUUAGAGAAUGGUUUGCGGAGGAGAGACUCAGUGGUGAUUUGAAAGUGUUUGCGACAGGAAGAUGUGAUGGUCAUAUCGAAAGCGGUGAGCUUGAUGUUCAUGAAAGGAGAUUCACAGUUGAAGAUGUGAAGGAGGCUGUGGGUGAGAAGAACAAUAGUGUGGUAUAUGUCUGUGGCCCCGCGACGAUGACGGAUGAAAUAGUUGAUGGCUUGACAGGAGACGGUGGAAUGGAUAAGAACAGAGUUAUGCUUGAGAAGUGGUGGUAG